UGAUGAAAAUAAAAAAAUAGUGGGCCUAUGACAUAAUUAUUAAACAUUCCAUCAAAGAAAAAAUAAAAAAAUGAUGUAGACAGAUAAAAUGUUCACCAAAUUAAAUUUAAAAUUUUCCGUAUUUAAAUCACUCUUCAAUUUGUUGUGUUCGCCAUCAAAAUCUUAUAGUCACCGAUGGAGAAACGACACUUUUCUACCGAUAGUUUCCAGAAAAUCACUCAUCCAAUCAUGGAAACCCGUCUUUCCAACGAACAAAUCCAGAAUUUUACCUAUUCCAUCGAUCGAAUCUAAACAGCCCAAUUUCGACAUUGUUCUUAAGCAGUUUGGAUUAAAUGAAACGAGCCAUCACACAAAAUUUCCCACAAUACUUCCAAUUCCACUAAAACAACAUUUUGGAUUUAAACCAACACUUAUUCCAUCACCAAAACCGAUUAAAAAGGAGGAAAUAAUCACCUUGACGCGACUUGUCAAAUACCAAGUUGGUUCGAAAGCCCGAAAAUAUUUGAAAAAUUGCAGAAAAUUCGAACAUCGAAUUCAAUUACUAACAGAUUUAAAGAAUGGCAAAAAAUUGCGUAAGAUAAAAAAUAACACCGGGUUUGGACUAUUUCAAGGAAGCGAUCCAUUCCAUUUCGGGAAAACCGCAAGAAAAUUGUCGAAACAAGCCGAUAAAUGUGGAGAAAAAAAAGGAAGAGGUCCCGACAUUUGUGAAGAGGUUAAAAAAAUUAUUGCGGAACACGAAAAAAAAAGUAGCAUGAUGAAAGGGGCUUGUAAAAAAGAAAAUGAGAAGAAAUGCUCCCCGAAACCUAAACCAUGUCCUAAAAAGGAAACAAGUUCUUGUGGUGGUGCGAAAAAGGAGGAAAAGAAACCAAAAACGUGUGAGGAACCAAAAAGUUGUGCGAAAUCAGAAAGUUGUAAGACUUUAAAGUUGAAACCAAGUAGUUGUGGAAAACGAAAACCGAAAAGUUGUGGAGAACCAAAGAGUUGUGAAAAAAAAUCAAAGAGUUGUGAAGAAAAACCAAAGAGUUGCGAAAAAUCAAAGAGUUGUGAAAAACCACCAAGUUGUGCAAAACCUAAAACGACAUGUUCUGAACCUAAGACGACAUGUUCAGAACCAAAAACAUGUUCAAAACCGAAACCGAGUUGUAAAAAAGAAAAGAAAUCUUGUUCAAAAAAAGUAAUAUCAACUCCAACCUGUCAAAAAAAAUCAUCGUUUAAAGCGAUAUUUGAAAAAAUUUUAAAAUCCCCCAUCUUUGGAACUAAAAAACAACCACCUGUAUGCCAACAAAAAGAAACGAAAUGCCAAAAAUCGGCUCAAAAAGCUUGCGUUUCAACUUGCCCAAAAGUUGAACCAAAAAACUCUUGCGCUUCAACUUGCCCAAAAGACGAACCGAAAAAAUCUUGCGCUUCAACUUGCCCAAAAGAAGAACCGAAAAAAUCUUGCAAUACCACCUCAAAACAAGUAGUGAAAAGACACCGCUGCCCAUUAUGCGGCGGAGAACACCAAGGAGCGAAAAAAUCCGAUUGCGGAAAAGCUAAUUAUUCCAACCAACCGAUUGGAAAUGGUAGUUGCGGGGGUGGUGCUAAAAAAUCAAAACCGAAAUGUACUUUUGGCGUGAAUAAAAAACGAAGAUCUUGCCAAAAAAAGAAAGGUGGGUGUACUUUUAAUAGGAGUUCCGGGGGUGGAUGUGGUGCUAAAAAAUCGUCUUGUGGCGGUGGUGGAGGAUGCGGAGCGGCGAAAUCGCCUUGUGGUGCUAAAAAAUCGUCUUGUGGCGGAGGUGGAGGAUGCGGUUCGAAAUCGCCUUGUGGUGGUUCCAAACCUAGUUGUGGUGCUGCUAAAUCGCCUUGCGGAGGUGGUGGAGGAUGUGGUGGUUCAGGAUCGAGAAAACCUACUUGUAGUCAAAAAGCGUGUGGGAAAAAGAGUGGAGGAUGUGGUGGUGGAGGAGGAGGAGGUGGUGGAGGAAAAGGAAAAUUGAAACAAAAAUGUGCCGACCUUUUGAAAAAAUACGAUGCGCAAAACAAAUCAUCGAAGAAAGGCAAAAAGAGAAGUGCAAAAACAGGCGGUUGCGGAAGAAAAGUUAACAGACGACAAGUGUCGAGUAGUUCUUGUGUAAGCACAAAAUCAAGCCCAUGCGGAAAAAGACCUUCAAGUCCAUGUGGAAAACCAAAAGAUACAUGCAAACAUUCGACAGUUUGCGGAAAACCGUCGACCUGUUUUGACCCAAAUAGGAAAAAACGCUGCAAAAGAACGAGAAGUGCUUCAAGUUGUGGGAAAAAAUCAGGUUGUGGUGGUGCAGCAAAACCAAGUUGUGGAUCGAAACCAAGUUGUGGAUCAAAACCAAGUUGUGGAUCAAAACCAAGUUGUGGUAGCAAACCGAGUUGUGGUGGAGCAAAACCAUCUUGUGGUGCACCAAAAUCUGGAUGCGGUGGGAAAAAAUCAGGUUGCGGUGGCAGAAAACUAAGUACUGGUUUACCAAGAUUUAGUUGUGGUAAAAAAUCAGGUUGUGGUGGAGCAAAACCGAGUUGUGGCGGAUCAAAGCCGAGUUGUGGUGGAUCGAAACCAAGUUGUGGUGGAUCAAAACCUUGUGGUGGAGCAAAGCCAUCUUGUGGUGCACCAAAAUCUGGAUGCGGUGGUAAAAAAUCAGGUUGUGGUGGUAGAGGUUUAAGCACUAGCGCGCAGUUAUUUAUUUGCGGUAAGAAAUCAGAUUAUGGUAGCAGAAAAUUAAGCACGGGAGUAGCAUGGUUUACUUGCAAAAAAUCUGGGGGUUGUGGUGAAAAACCUCGUGGCUUAGGAAAACCGAAUUUUGGUGACACAUUAUCGCAAUGUGGUAAAUCAAAACCAUGUGGAUCCAAAUCAAGUUGUGGUGGAGCAAAACCAUCAUGUGGUGGACCAAAAUCUGGAUGCGGUGGGAAAAAAUCAGGUUGUGGUGGAAGAGGUUUAAGCACUAAUGCGCAAUUAUUUAUUUGCGGUAAGAAAUCAGAUUAUGGUUGCAGAAAAUUUAGCAUAGGAGUACCAUUGUUUACUUGCAAAAAAUCUGGUGGUUGUGGUGAAAAACCUCGUGGCUUAGGAAAACCGAAUUUUGGUGACACAUUAUCGCAAUGUGGUAAAUCAAAACCAUGUGGAUCCAAAUCGAGUUGUGGUGGAGCAAAACCAUCUUGUGGAGGACCAAAAUCUGGCUGCGGUGGCAGAAAAUCAGGUUGUGGUGGCAGAGGUUUAAGCACUAGCGCAAUGUUAUUUAGUUGUGGCAAAAAAUCAGGUUGUGGUGGAGCAAAACCGAGUUGUGGCGGAUCAAAGCCGAGUUGUGGUGGAUCAAAACCAAGUUGUGGUGGAUCAAAACCUUGUGGUGGAGCAAAACCAUCUUGUGGUGCACCAAAAUCUGGCUGUGGUGGUAAAAAAUCAGGUUGUGGAGGCAAAAGUUUAAGCACUAGUGCGAUAUCAUAUAGUUGCGGUAUAAAAUCAGGUUAUGGUAGCAGAAAAUUAAGUAUGGGAGUACCAUGGCUUAGUUGUGGCAAAAAAUCAGGUUGUGGCGGAGCAAAACCGAGUUGUGGUGGAUCUAAACCGAGCUGUGGCGGAUCAAAACCGAGUUGUGGUGGAUCAAAACCUUGUGGUGGAUCAAAACCAAGUUGUGGUGCACCUAAAUCAGGUUGCGGUGGUAAAAAAUCAGGUUGUGGAGGCAAAAGUUUAAGCACUAGUGCGAUAUCAUUUAGUUGUGGCAAAAAAUCAGGUUGUGGCGGCGCCAAACCGAGUUGUGGUGGAUCCAAACCGAGUUGUGGUGGAUCAAAACCAAGUUGUGGUGGAUCUGUGGUGGAUCAAAACCUUGUGGUGGAGCAAAACCAUCUUGUGGUGCACCAAAAUCUGGCUGUGGUGGUAAAAAAUCAGGUUGUGGAGGAAAAAGUUUAA